AUGCCGCUUGAUCUGGUCGACCGCAUCAGAUCGUUCCCUCUGUUUGUCUCCGCACCAGAAGAGUUCCUGGCUGCGAUCGGUAAUCAUAUGCGACCGCAGGUUCAUGCAGCACAGGACCACAUCCUCACAGAAGGCGAUGACGCUCGGGCAAUGUACUGGUUGGUGCGAGGUGUUGUGGCAGUUACUUCCCGAGAUGGCGAGGCCAUCUAUGCCGAACUCAAACCCGGUGCCUUCUUUGGUGAGAUUGGAGUGCUUAUGAAUAUCCCCCGCACGGCAACCAUCAUUGCUAGGACAAAAUGUCUUCUCGUGGUCCUUAAGAAGGAGGAUCUCCAGGCCGAGUUGCCAAAGUUCCCCGACAUGGAAAAGGCAAUUCGCCAGGAAGCCCAAGAACGAUUAAACAUUCUCAAGAAGAAACGACAAGAAGGUGGCCAGCCUUUGAAAAGCCCCUCUUCGCACAUUAACGGGCUGCGGGAGCCGGCGCCGGGUGAAGUUUCGACAGGCGAAGUUGGCACAAUCAAGGAGGGAACGGUCGUCAACUCGAAAAAGCGAAAGUCGCCUAGUCCAGGAGCCAUUGAGGAUCCUGCAGCCGGGAGCGCGCUCGGAAGCGGUUUCGUUAACGUACGCAAAACCCUGAAGGAGCUCCCGCUUUUCUCGACAUUACCCCCAGACAUCCUGCACUUCCUCGGCUUGAGCGCUCAGCCGAAGACAUAUGCACCUUUCACGGACAUCAUCCAACAAGGCUCCGCUGGCAAUGAGAUCUUCUUCAUCGUUCGAGGCGAAGCUGAAGUCAUACACGAGGCACCUAGCCCCCACGAACCGUUCAAGAAGCUAACGCGGGCGUCGUACAUCCGUCCGAGAUUGAAAGCUGGCCAAUACUUUGGAGAGGUGGCAAGUCUUGGUCUGUCAGAGGGGCGCACGGCCACUGUUAGGGCAAUUACGACUGUUGAAUGUUUAAUGAUCCCGGGGGAUGCAUUGGGUAAACUAUGGAGCCGAUGCCCGCCGGAUAUCAAGUCGCAGGUGGAAGAGACGGCACGGAAGAGAUACAAAAAGUCGGACGAUGAUGUUGAGAUGGCGGACGCGGACCCUAGAGAAAGGACCAGCAAGUCAGACCCUCCUACCCCGACGACGCCAAAGGCUCUUCCCCACAUCGCCUUUACAACCCCAUCCAAACCGGCAUCUCCUACAAAAGACGACGAUACAAUGGAGCCGAAGGACCCCGAUCCGUUUUUGAGCGUGGACAUGGAGAAUAUGCGAAAUAGGCGACGCAACUCCCUGGCCCCUCCUACCCCGCAAUCCGAUACGUCGUCGCCUACAGGGGUGAACGGCUUCCGGGUACACCAGCUCGACUCAACACCCCUUCGUUUCUCCGUGCCCCAGUCACCUCCCGACUCGGAGGUCCAGGUGCCUGUUAAGCGAGCUCGAACGCUCCCUCGGCGACCGCAUCCGGCGCAAACCCCUGCGCUACCCGACGACAUGCUCGUCGCUGUUUUCCGGUUUUUGGAUAUCGCCGAGCUCAUGCGUGCACGCCUCAUCUCUAGUCAUUGGCGCAAGCUCCUUACGACACAUCCCGAGGUGUGCCUGGACUUGGAUUUAUCAGAGUACAACAGACGAGUCACCGAUUUGGCCAUCAAAACCUCGAUCGGCCCCUUUGUAGGAACGCGGCCCGAGACCAUUGACAUUAGCAACUGCUUCCACAUCACCGACGAUGGAUUCCGUUGUCUUUGGGAGAGUUGCGGCCGUAACGUGAAGCGGUGGAGAAUGCGGUCUGUUUGGGAUGUCUCUGCUAACCAGAUCCUGGACAUGGCCGAAAAUGCAAAGGACCUCGAGGAGGUUGAUUGGAGUAACUGCCGCAAGGUUGGCGACAACCUACUUGCGCGUGUUGUUGGCUGGGUUGUUCCUGAGCCCCCACCACCACCGCCGGCCAGCAAACAGGUCGUCAUCUCCAGCUCCAACGCAAAGGCGAAGCCUCCGAAGGCCGUCGUGGCCCAACAAGCGCCACGGCCAGCCAACAUCCCGAAGCCAGGGACGAUAAUUGGCUGCCCCAAAUUGAAGCAUCUCAACCUAUCAUAUUGCAAGCACAUCACUGAUAGGUCAAUGGCACACAUGGCGGCUCAUGCAUCCAACCGCAUAGAGUCUCUGUCGCUUACACGGUGCACAUCCAUUACAGACGCCGGUUUUCAGUCAUGGGCGCCCUUCCGGUUCCUGAACCUGUCGCAUUUGUGCUUGGCCGACUGUACCUAUCUCUCCGACAACGCCAUCGUCGCUCUGGUUGGCGCUGCCAAGAACCUUACACACCUGGACCUCUCCUUCUGUUGUGCACUUUCAGACACCGCCACAGAAGUUGUGGCUCUCGGCCUGCCGAACCUCCGCGAGCUUCGCCUCGCCUUUUGCGGCAGCGCCGUCUCCGAUGCCAGUCUACAGUCUGUAGCUCUUCAUCUCAACGAGCUCGAGGGUAUCUCAGUCCGCGGCUGCGUCCGUGUCACCGGUGCUGGCGUGGAGAACCUACUCGAGGGCUGCAGCAGGAUACAGUGGGUUGAUGUCAGUCAGUGCAGGAACCUCGAACACUGGAUCCGCAGCGGAGGUGUGAUGAGGUGGGGAUUUGACGAGCGUGGCGGCAACGGCUUGUCUCCCGGUCAAGUACCGCUACCGCUGCCGAGCCCGAAACCGACGACGAACCAUGUCGGUCUCGGAGGACGUCCGCACGCGCUGAGCAUCCGCCGUCGAGCAAGAAAGCCGGUUCGCUUUAUUGUGGAGAAGGGUGUAUUCGGUCUUCGAUAA